AUGACAAAUUCAACUUCAAUAACUACACAACAUCAUAACCAUCAUUACGCUUAUUCUAGUCCAACAAAACCACAUGUAAUAUUAUCUGAAAAUAAUAACAAUACUACAGUUAUUCUUAAUUCUUCUUCAUCAGAUAGUUUUCAUCAACAAUUUAUUAGAUAUCAAAGUAAUAAACCAACAACUAAAUUAAUCAAUCCAUUUAUAACUACUAAACAACCAACUAUUGUUAAAAAUCAAUUAAUUAAAAUUAUUAAUGAAAGUUGUGUACCUAAAAUUAUAUCAACACCAAAGAAAUCAUCUGGGGUAUUUUUAGAUUAUCAAUUUAUCAAAAGCUCCCCUCCCAUGACUGUUUUGAAAUCAAACAAUGAUCAAUUCGAAUUAGAUAAGAAUUGUUUAACUUCUGAUUUAUUAUUCAUGAGUGGUAACAAUUCUGAUGGUAGUUACUCAAGAGUACAACAAAAAGAAGUGUACAAGAAUUUGUAUCAAAUGAAUAAUGAAAAUAAUAAUACUACAAGUUCAAUGGAAAAUUUUAAGAAUAUUUAUGAACAAGAUUGUAUUGCUAGUUGCAAAUUCAUUGACUCUUUAUUUGAUGCUAGUGAAGAUGAUAAUGAAAUUAAACCAAACGGAAACUCGGAAUUAAACCCAGGCAACAACAAGGCUAAUAAUAGCAAAUGUUACACAAACAAAGAAAAUGAAUUGUUUUUACACAAUAAUGAUAACGCGAAUGAAUCUCGAUUAACAUUAAUUAGUUCACCUAAGAAAUUGAAUGAAAUCGGAACAUCUGUGCGUAACACAGGUAAAAAGAAAUUAACUUUGGAAACUUUCAAAAUUGCAUUGAAAAUUCAACCAGAUAUAUUAGCCGGGUUUGAUAGUUGUAAUACUGGUAAUACUAAUAAUACAACUUUUGAAGAAUCAACACUGAUUGAACUGUCUUCGUCAGGUGAUUCUGAUUAUAGUCCAACUGCCACAAGAAAAAGAAUUAGAAGUAGUAGAAUGACAAGAAAUAGUACAGAAAGACCUUGGUUUUCAGGACUUUCAAUUCCACAAAAAUUGUCCCAUGGGAAAAUGCCUGCUAGAUCAAGAUCAGGAUGUUGGACAUGUAGAGUUCGCCAUAAAGCAUGUCCACAAGAAAAACCAAGUUGCAGUCAAUGUAUUAGAUUACAAUUAGAUUGUGAUUAUUCAGAAACACGUCCAGAUUAUAUGUGUGAUCUUGAAUUACAACAAAGAAAAUUACGAGAAAUCAGGGUGAUUACUGAUAAAGUUAAAAAAACAAGAUUCCUAGAUAGAAACAAAAGCAAAAGAAAAUAA